AUGCUGGCCGUAGGCCUCGGCGCCGAGGGCACCCAACGUUAUCUGGCCCUCUUCAUUGCCGGAGACCCCAUCGAUAUCACCAAGAUGAACCAGGACUCGGAGACCCAGGCACCCUCCCUCGUCGCUGACCUUCCGAACUACAGCUGGAACAACUCGGUGCAGUUUUGGGCUGAGAACGAGGCCAGCGUCGACUGGAUGUACCGCGACUUUGUGCACCACGAUCUUCUGGGCACCAAGAUUCUGGGCACCUCGUGGCACGAGUUCAAGAUCUCGUCCGUCGGGCCCGAUCGAGAGUCAGACCAGGAGCACUGCCGAGGCCUGGUCAGCAUCGUUCAGCCUGAGCCCGAGACGGCCGACUGGGAGCAGCUCGCACCGUUGAAGCACAGCACCCCGGCCAGCAUCUGGUAUAAGGCCAUGCGCGAAGUUGGCUACAGCUUUAGACCCAGCUUCCAGAAACAGGCCGGGUCUCCGUCGCUGCACUGCGGCCACCGGACGGGCGUUUCGCAGCUGUUGCUGCCCGCCCUGGUCGACGAGCUCACCAUCCCAGCCCAGACGUCGCUCCCGCUCAAGACAUGGCCCUCGCGCACGCCCACUCAGGAUGACGACGGAAGCCUCGACAGUGCCAGCCUUGUGAUUGUCAUCUCGUGCCAGAGUACUGGAAUCACCACCAACGGCCAGUCCAGCCCAGCAGUCAACGGCCAGAAUGGACAUGCGAAUGGGCUCGCGAAUGGGCACGCAAAUGGGCAUGCAAAUGGGCAUGUUUCGACGCCACACAUUGCCGGGUUCGAGAGCGUCAUACCCCUUUCCGCCGUUUCUACCGGGACCGGAACAUCCCCAUUAGGCCUGGUUUUCGUGGGAAGAAAUCCGUCCGCAUCAGCACCUCUAUCCGAGGGCCGGGCCGCCCAUGUCGUUCACCUCGAGGGCCGCAGUCAGGAGAAGGACGCGAUGAUCUCCAGUCUCUCGGGUGUCGGCCUCACGAUCACGGAGCAUGCGGAGCUGCCCGCCGAGGUGCCCGAAGGCAGCACCGUGCUGGUUCUCGAUGAAGUUUUCUCGCCCGUCAUUUUGAGCACACGGGACAACCAGCUCGCCAUGAUCCAGGAACUGAUGAGGCGCCGGUGCCGCCUGCUCUGGGUCACAUCUGGCGGGCACAUGAACGUCACCAACCCGGAGCUUAGUCUCUUCGUGGGUAUACUUCGUUCUCUGCUUGCUGAGGACCCCACGUGCCUCGUCAUGACGGUGGACAUCGAGUCGUCCACCAGCUUCUCCAGCACGCAGGCCAUCUUGCAGACUAUGCGCGACCUCGAGUCUGUUGACAAUGUCGAAUUUGUCGAGCGUGAGUGGGUUGAGCGCGGCGGCGUGCCCUACGUCAGUCGCGUGGUGCCCAACUUGGUCAUCAACAAGGCCGAGGAGAACGACCUGGCGGCAGCGGAGCCGGUCGUCAAGACCCUAUUCGGCGACAAGCCCGUGACCCGGCUCAUCAACACGAGCAUCGGCAUCAUUGAGGACGUCGGCUACUUCACUGAUAGCGAUACCAUGGCCGCACGACUUCUCAUGCAGGGCUGGACGCCAAUCAACGAGGCCCUGUUGCACCGCAUCCUCCGGAUCUCGCUGCUACAGCAGAGUGCCAACCCUGUCGACCCGGACUCGACGGCCCAGGUCAUCACGGGAAUCCCCAACCCGCUCGGCCCCAACAGCCCACAGAAACCGGUCCACCGGUUCAGCGCGCUGCGGCCCCGGACUGCCGCCGACGGCGACGGCGCGGGCGACAGCGAUCUUGCCCUCCUCCGCGGCGCGGCACACGGGCAGGGGGCCGACAUCGAGAAGGCCACACUGCUCGCGGCAGCCGUGUCGGCCGUCAACGGAGUUUUGACCAUGAGUUUGGGGCUGACCGAGCCGCUUGAGCCCACGCGGCCGCUCAAGACAUAUGGCAUCGACUCGCUCGUGCCCGUGGAGUUGCGCAACUGGAUCCGUACCGAGAUUAGCAUCGAGCUGAGCGCGCUGGAGAUUGUCGGUGCCGUCACGUUGGUAACGCUGUGUGAAGUGAUUCUGAAGAAACUGCAACGAUGGAAAGGGACUGGCUCGCGGACUUAUCGGACACUGGUGGUUGCUAGUCUGGUGCGUCUGGCGUAG